AUGCUAGCCGCCUAUUUGGCUACCCUAUUUCUCAUUACCAAACUCGCCACUGCAACAACAGAAGGGAAAGAUGAGCGAUAUACGUACAAUCAGAUGUGUGUCGUUGAAGGAAAGCUCACAGUCCUAAAUGGAUUCGACUGCAGAGAGCAAGUCGCAGUGGCAAAGUGGCGAAAUUCUGUAAAUGCAUCUGGUUGGACUUUCCUUGAAGUUGAGACAUACUCAAAGUUCAACCCGGAAUUGCAAGCUUAUGCAGCUGGCUAUCUUGAAGGUGUUUUGUCUCGGCAGGUGCUACGGUACCACAUUCAGAAUGCAGUUGAGGACUAUUGCAAAAAUUUUACACAGUACUGCGAACGUAUGACAAGUUUCCUCACGGAGAACCAAAAGUACAUAAAGGAGAAGAUCAACGCUACCCCAAGAGAUGACGUAUAUUGGUCUGCGGUAAACCGCACUUAUCACCAACUGACUGGCUUGAUCGCCGGAUACGAAGGAAGAGAGAUAACUCCAGGAAUUACUUAUGAAAUACAUCCUAUAUUGUAAGU